AUGUAAUCCCCAUAUGUAAGAAAGAGAUAUCCUUCUAAAACAAUAGUUGUAAAAAAGAAUAAUUAGUUCUUUUCAUCAGCUGAACAAGGGGACAAAAAAAUCAAAUCCUCUAGAGUGAAUAAGGCGAUAAGAAAAAAAGGAGAUUUUCAUGACAAUUAAGAAUAAUUUUAAAUUAGUAAAGCAACUUAAAAGGCUUAGCAUAGUUCUGAGUCAGAAUCAGAUAGUGAUGAAUCAUUUUAGAAAUCUAUUUUAUCUGAGAGCUCAAAAUCAAGUGUAAGAUCAGCAAAAACCAUAAAAUCGAAGUCUUCAAAAAGACAGAAAAACAAUAUAAAAGAUUUGACAUAAAACUUGAUAUAACAAUAUCAAACAAUAUUAAGAAAAGCUGACAGUCAAAUGACGUAGCAGAAAUAGUACAUAAACUCAUAACAAUAGGGAGGAAAUAUAAUAAAAGAUGCUCGAUAGAAUAGCAGAGUAAGCAACUGCCUAGAUGUACGUUUAACCUUAUAAAGACAGUCAGUUAUGUGAAAGUGAUGAAGAGAAUUCUGAUCAUUUAUCAUAAUUAUUUUCAGACUUAGCCAAUGGAAAUGAUAAGUCAGAUAAAUCUGAUAACUCAAUUAUAAGUCUUGAAGUCAUAUAAGCUCAAAAUUAUAUUUCAAAUAGAUCAUAGAAAGAUAUUUAAUCUCCAGGAACACCAGAAUCUUCAAUCUAAAUACCAAAUGUCGAUUUAAGUGUAAGUAUUAAAUUUACAAUAGACAACCAAUGUUAAACAUAGAAUAUCUAAUUUUCAUAGUGCUUUUCCAGGAUUUAGUCAUUUAUCUGUCACAGAAUAAUCUUAAUCAUCAAACGAAGUAUUAAAAUUUAGAAUGUUUUAGAUUGAAAUUGAUUAAUUAUGCUAAUUAUAAAAUCACUAUGGAAAGAUAUAUUAAAAAUUGAGAAGUGUUAAUGGAGCUAUACAUAUAAAGUUCAGAAAAAUGAGAAGUUUCUCAAGAUAUAAAUUACUUUAUGUAAAAAUUAAAAAAUAAUAGAGAGUUCUUAUGAAGAUGGCUAUCCCUUAUUGAAAUUAAGAAAAAUAGUAGCUUAUUGUUAUUUGAUAACAAAGAGAUUAUCAAAGGAAAUAGUAAGAUCAAAAGUUUAUUAAUAUGUUUUAACAUUUGUAACUUUAGGAAACAUAAUUUUAUUUAUUUAGGAACAUUUAACCUAUUUUAAUUAAAAUUUGUUAGCAAUUUAUUUUGGUAAAAUACUUAUUGAUUGUUUAGUUUUUUUGUGGUUCUAUUUAGCGGAUGUUGUGCUUCAAUUGUUGGCCUUUGGAUUAUUUAGAUCUAAAUUUAUAUUUUUAGGAAGAAUAAUUGAUACAGUUCUAAUUAUAUUGUAUUAUUAUCAUUUAACUUACAAAAAUUCUCUAAUAGAUAUAACACCUUUAAGAAUGAUGAGAUUACUUAAAUAAUUAGGAGCAAUUUUUGAGGGUAUUUCUAAAAUAUUAGUUAGGAUUAUAAAGAAUGAUUGAAGCACUUAUAGAAUCAUUAAAAUUUAUUUUUGAAUUCACAGCUGUAGUUAUUUUAUUUGUUUUAUUUUUUGCAUCCUUAGGAAACUCUUUAUUUAUGGGUUUAUUCAAUGAACGCUGUUUACCAUCAGAAGAUGAUGAUUGGAUUUAAUGUAAUUAAGGAUAAUGUCCAGAAGGUAAGAGUUGUGUGAUCACUAAUAAUGCCUAUAAUAUUCCUACUAAUUUUAAUAAUAUCAUAUAUUCUUUUGGUUUGAUAUUAAAAACUGUUACAAUGGAUGAUUGGAGUUGGGUGAUGUAUUAUACUAUAAGAGCCUUUCAUCCUAUUGUUUGGAUUUAUUAUGUAUUAAUUAUUUUUGUAGGAGGAUUCUUUGGAUUCAAUUUACCUAUUGCUGUAUUCAAAACACAUUUUAGUGAAAUGUAAUUCAAAACUAUCUCAAAUAAAACUGAAAAAGUUGAAGCUAUAAGCAAAUCAUAAUUUUAAAAGAUCGAUUUCUAUUAUUAUGUUAAUUAAAUGAAUUAAUAUCUAUUUUCAAAAUAGUAGAGUAUUUUAAUUGAAAAACCUAGAAUAAAUAAACAAACUUAAGCUUGGGAUAUAAAACCUAAAUUAUUAUUAGGAAGCAUGAUCAACCAAUACAAAAUUGAUUAAAGUAACUUUGCAUAAUUCAAAAAUACUGUUAAAAACUUUUCUUUUAAAUAUAUUUUACUUCCAAAGUUAAAUGACAUAGCAAAGUUUUACAACAGUCUAGAUCUGAAACUAUUUACAACAGAUAUUAAAUAACAAAUGAUUAUUAAGUAAUUCAGUAAAUCUUUUCUAUUGGAAAAAUAUGUUGAUUAUGAUUGUAAUUAUGUAUCUACAAGUUAAAUUGACAUUUUAAGAUAAUCUAUGUUUUUAUUUUUAAAAACUACAGAUAAUAAACCAUUUGUAGGAUAAAAAAAGAAGAAAUUUUAUUAUAAACUAAUUUAGAGUAAAUAAAAAUUUGUACAAAAUCCUAGAACUAGUAGAUCUGAAUUGACUAUAGCAAGUAUUUAAGUAAAUGAGAAUGCUAAAAUGAUAUUACCAAUUAAGAUUUCUUAAAGAAUCAAGAAAGAUAAUCUUAAUACUUCAGAUAUUCAUGGAUCUAAAUCUAGUUUAAGUUCUAAUAACUUAAAUCAAGGCAUUAAAGAAUUCGAAAGGGAAAAAAGAAAAUUUCCUUAUUUUAUGAAAUAGCUUUCUAUACCUUAAGAAAGUGAGAAGAAGCCUUUUACCUAAUAUUAAGAAGGUACCUUAAAAAUCCUUGUAAAUGGAGUAUAUUAGGAUUAUUUAAAUGUUUAAAAAAGAAUAAAUACUAAAAUUCAUCAAAAAAAAUAAGAGGGACCUAGAGUUUAAGAAGAAUACACUAAAUUGAGAAGAAAAGAAUUUGAAAAAAAAAUAAUAAAAGCAAAAAACUGGUCAGGUAACAAUGUUCUAAUUAGUUCAUAUUAAUUGAUUUAAAAAUUUGAUGUUAUUUUUAGAAGUCUAAAUUAAAAAGAUAUUGAAAUUUGGCCUAGAUCAUUGAGUGGAAUUGUACUAAAUUUAAGGAAAUAUGCUUUUUAAAUAAUACAUUUUAAAUUAACUAAGUUUUUGUUUGAUUUAACUAUUUUAAUUAAUACAUUAUUUUUAGCCCUAUAAGGUAUAAUAGAAAGGAAAAUAAUAGAUAAAAUAGAAGAUAUUGCUACAGUGGUUUUAUCAACAGAAAUUAUUUUACAAUUAAUUGUAUAUUAGCCAAGUAUUUAAAAAUUAAUAUAUUAGAAAGGAUAGCUAAAAAUAAGCAUCAUGUUAUUGAACUUUUGAUUGUGAUCCUAAGUUUAAUAGAAUUUGGUUUUAGUGAUUAUUUGAAUGUAAGUGAACAAUAUCUUCGAUUAAUGAGAUCAACUAAGUGUCUCUUGUUUUAUCGAUGUAUACUCUACAUUUAGAUGGCUAGAAUAAUUGGAGCAAUAGCAUCAAUUACAUAUAAAUCUUAUAUUUAUUUGGCAUUCUUAAUGUUUUUCAUGAUUUUAACUUUUGGAUUAAUAGGUAUGGAAUUAUUUUCUAAUUAAUUUAAUGAGUAUCAUAAACAAGGAUAUUUGUAAUCUUUUGAUGAUCCUGCUUAAGCAUUUAUGACUGUCUUUAAUAUAAUGACAAAUGAUGAUUGGUUUGGUGUUUAUCGUAUUGGAACUGAAGUUAAAAAGGAAUUAGCAGUGACUUUUUCUAUUGCUUUAGUUUUUACUUUAAAUUAUUUUAUUUAUGGUAUUGUGAUGGCCAUUUUACUAGAUGGAUUUAGUUAAUAUUUAGAAAGGGAAUCAUCAAAUGAAGAGAAUGAAUUUAUGAAAGAAAAAAUAAAACAAAUAAAUAAACUUAAUAAAUAAUUAGAUUCAGAAUAAACUGAUGAUGACUCAGAAACUGAAAGUUCUAAUUCAAGUUCAUCUUCAAUUAAAUAAUAUAAAGAAUUAGCCAAUAAUAUAAUACUUAACAGCAAUCGAAAUCAAAGAAGAGAAAGCACUUCUCCAGAAAACUUAUUAGCUUCUUCAAGUAAUGUAAGAGAAUACCAAUAAAAAAGAGACAGUUGUUUUACAGAAAAAUUAUUUCAUUCUCUUUAAUUUCCUCCUCCUAGAAAUAGGAGACCAGAUUUUUUGAAUGAUUAAAAAAAGAAAAUCAAAGAUGACUUUAAUAGGUUGAAAAAUAAAACUAAUAUUAAUCUUAAUCACUUAAAAGGUUAAGAAUCAAAAAAAAUAAAAUUAAUAUAAGAUAAUAUUUAAUAAAUAGAAAAAUAACUUCUUAAACAAAAUCCAAAAUUAUAUACAGGGAUUGAUUGUUUAUAAUCUUACUAUGUUUUUCAUAAAUCAAAUAAUUUUAGAAAAUUACUCUUCAAAAUCAGUUAAAGCAAUUAUACUAAAUAUUUUAUUGAUAUUACAUUACUCUUAUCUGUUACUUAUCUAGCUAUACCUAAGGAUAUCUAAUAAAAGCCUUUACUCGUUACAUUAUUAUUUAUUCUAAACUCUAUAAUUUUUGUAGAGUUCAUUGUAAAAUCAAUAGCAUAUGGAGCAUUUAUUAACAAAGGGUCUUAUCUGAAUGUAAAAAUAUUAUUUAUAUAUGAUAGUAUACAUGGAAAGUAAUUGAUUUGGCUUACAUUAUUAUAUAUUAUAUUCAAUUUUUUAAAAUAGGUUAUUUGCCCAUUUUUUAAGUUAUUGAAACAUUUUUAUUUUUUAGACCUUUAAAGUUGCUUUACCGAAUAAAAUGGGUUGCAAGAGUGAGGGCAGCUUUGACUUAAUCAUUAUUUGAUAUAAUAAAUGUUUUUGUUGUUCUCUUAAUGGUUUGGUUGAUGUUUGCUGUUUUUUCUAUGAUGUUAUAUGCAGACAAGUUGGGUUAUUGUGAAGAGCAAUUUAAUUAUGAUAUUGGUAUAGAGGAAUGUUAAGAAUAAGGUAAGAAAUGGAUAGUUUAUAAACACAAUUUCGAUAAUAUUACAACAGCAAUGCCUGCACUUUUUGUAAUAUCAACUUUUGAUGGAUGGGGAGCAAUCUUAUGGGCCUCUCAAAAUAGUAGAGAAUCACAUUAUGGUCCUCAUCCUUACUAUAGUUAAGCUCCGACUUAUGUAUUUUAUCUAGCUUUUUGUACUAUUGGAUCAAUGUUCUUUUUGUAACUAUUUACUGGAGUUCUUUUUAUUAAUAUAAAAGCUAAUUCAAAAUAAAUAGAAAAUUAACAAUUGACUCAAGCUUAAAUAGAAUUUAAAAAUGUUACUGAGAUUAUAUUAUUUGAUCAUCCUGUGAGAUCUUCAAUACCAUAAUCCUUUUUUAGAAAAAUGUUAACAAAUUUAGUCAUCAGUAAAUUUAUGAACUUUUUUAUGUUUUCUAUUUUACUCAUUAAUUGUGUAACAAUUAUGAUGAUAUAUCAUUCUGCAGAUUUUGAUUAUAAUAAAAUCAUAAAUUUAAUUAAUCAUGCAUGUACAAUUAUAUUUGCAAUAUGGCUAUUAUUUUAGGGAUUUGUUUUAGGAAUAAAUAGAUUUAAAGAUAAUCCAUGGAGAUUAUAUACAACAAUAGUAAUUAUUUUAGGUGUUAUCGAUUUAUUAAUAGAUUUUAUUUGGAAUUGGUUUUAAUAAUAUGUGUAAUCUACUUAAUUGACUCCUAAUUAUUAAUUAUUAAGAUUCAUGUAUAUGCUUAGAAAUUUGAAAGUGAUAAUCUUAUUUUAAGGAUUGUAAAAUCUUUAAAGAUUAGUUAGAGUAAUAUCAUUUGCAUUUCCCUUUAUGUUUAAAAUCUUAUUUAUUUUAUUGAUAAUAAUGGUAGUAUUUGCUUUUUAUGGUAUGAUGCUAUUUGGACAUAUUGAUAAAGGUGAAGUGCUUAAUGAUUUAAUAAACUUUAGUAAUUUUUGGUUAGCAAUGUUAGCUUUAUUUAAAUGUGUAAGUGGUGAUGAUUUUAGAAGUAUAAUGAAUGAUUGUAUGCAUCAUAAUCCUUAUUGUUAAGAAGAUCCAAAAUAUUGUGGAUCUCCAUAUUCAUAAAUAUAUUUUAUUUUAUUUAUGUUAAUUUCUAAUUAUGUACUAUUAAAUUUGUUUGUGUUGGCCAUGAUUGAAUAAUUUGAGUUAUUUUUUAAUAAUCAAGAUUCAAUUCUUUAAACCUAUGUUGAAAAUAUAGAUACAUUUAGAAAGGCUUGGUUUAAGUUUUCUUGUAACCAUGGCUAAUUUUUAAAUAUCAAAAAGUUGCCAUUUCUACUUUAAGAAAUAAAGGAACCCUUAGGUUGUAAAUCAAAUGAAAAUUAAUGGGAUGCAGCUAAAUUUAGUUUGUAGUAUAAUUUAAUAUGUGAUGAAGAAAACAGAAUAUCAUAUAAUUAAUUACUUUAUGAAAUAUUCUUUCAUAGAUAUAAAAAAUAAAUUUUAAGUUAAUGUUCUGAAGUUGCAGCAGAAAAGAUGACAUAUUAUCAUAAAACAAUGAAUUUUAGAUUAGCAUAUCAUAGAAGAGGAUUGGAAUUCAGAAGAAGCAAUAUAGGUCCAUAACUUAAAUUUAAAGGAAAUUGUAAUGCCCUUUACAUUUAAUUAACUGCAUUAACUACUUUUAGAGUGUGGAAAAGCUACUCUUAAUAGAUGAUAUAAAAUAUACUAACUGAAUAACAAUACUUUUCUGAUAGAACUAUUAAAGAUACUGAACCAAUCAGGCAUUCGAUUUCCUAAAAAAGCCUGGAAAGUUAAGAAUCAAGGAUUAAACUUAAUGAUAAACCAAUUUAUUAGAAAAGAAGAUUUGGUAGACUUAAAAGAGUUUCAUUAUAAGGUUAAUUGAAUGACUAUUUACCUGGGGAUUUAAUUAAUGUAAAAUAUGUUAUUUUAUCUUCUAGCCUAAAUAAAUUUUAAAAAGAAAAAGUAGUUUUGGAAUUAAUGUAGAAGAAGGUAAUGUUCAAUCAGUUUAUGAUACUGUGAAAGUACAAAAAAUGAAAUGA